AUGAGUGCUGAACAACUUCAGGGUAUCAAAUACUGGACAUCACUUGAUGGUACAAUCCUUACUAUCGAUAAUGAAGAAAUAGCCAAUAAAGUUAAAGGCGAAAGAAAAAUUCAAUUAAUAAAAGAAUUUGAUGUAAAGAUUAACGUUAAAAAAACGCAAGUAAUCAUUCAGAAUUGCUAUGUAACAAAGAAGAUGUGUGCUGUAUUCGCGAAAAUACUUGAAUUGCCUUACGUAUCCGAACAAUUGUUUACCAAGUAUAAAAAUAACAGCGAAGAGAUCAAAAACACUAUUCAGCCUCAAGAGAACAAAUUCAAAUUACCUCAGAUGGAAGUUGCUUCUCAAGAACCAGCUCAAACAGAUGAAGUCGAACCAAAAUGGGAGCAGACAGUACAAAAUAAGAGAAGACAACAGCUUACACGCCCAGAAGUUAUGCUUGAAGAUAACUUUUUAGUUGUUCCUGGAAAAACAUCCGUAAUCAAAGAAGUCAAGCAAAAUAUCGCAGAAAUACUUUGCCUUGAUCCAGAUAUUAACUUCGAGAGAAUAUCAUUCAAGACUGUUUAA